AUGUUCCAGUUGCAGGGGGGUCGGUGUCCCAUCUGGACAAUAGUUCAGCCCAAAGUCACGCGGAGAAACAUCAACUUCCGCAAACUUGCAGCGUCACUAAAACUGAAAACACAAACAGACGCUCGGCACAGACGGUUAAACAUGGCUCGCUGGCUUCUCCUUCUUUUCGCCGCUUCUCUCUCCGUCACGUCGGCGCAGUUCGUCCCGCCGUUCACAGAGGACUGCCGGGAAGGCAUGUACCCUCCCAACGGUCCGACGUUCAGGGGACCCGUCAGCUGGUACACCAUCGACCUCGACCUGCCGCCCAGCAAAAGAUGGACAGCUGUGAUCUCUGAGAAAAAAAACGAUCUGGUGGUUAUGAUCCAAGCCAUCAGGGACUUUGCCAAUGCUUUUGUGCCCAGCGGGAGGCUGAUAGAGCUGGUUGACGUCGCGCUGCCUCUAAUGGUGGACACGCUCCCAAGCCCGUUUAACGAGGAGAUCAAGGGAAUAGCUGCCGUCUCAGGGGUUCCUCUCGGCGAAGUUGUUCUGUUCAACAUCUUCUACGAGGUGUUCACUGUGUGCACAUCUGUCAUUGCCCAAGAUGAGAAAGGGAACCUUCUUCAUGGCAGAAAUCUAGACUUUGGCUUAUUUUUAGGCUGGGAUGUAAAGAACAAGUCGUGGUCCAUCAGCGAGAAGCUGAAGCCUCUGGUGGUCAACCUGGACUUCAGGAGGAACAACAAAACGGUCUUCAAGUCGACAAACUUCGCCGGCUACGUGGGCAUGCUCACCGGCAUCAAGCCUAACACCUUCACGCUGACCAUGAACGAGCGCUACAGCCUGGAUGGAGGCUACAUCGGAAUCCUGGAGUGGAUCAUGGGACAGAGAGAUGGGAUGUGGAUGAGCUUCCUCACCCGAUCCGUCCUGGAGAAAGCAAGCAGCUACGAGGAAGCCAAGAUGCAGUUGGCUCAGACCAAGAUGCUCGCUCCAGCGUACUUCAUCCUCGGAGGAAACCAAACGGGACAGGGCUGCAUCAUCACCAGGUCCAGGGAGCUCAGCAUCGACGUGCUGGAGAUCGACGUGAAGCUGGGCCGCUGGUACGUCCUGGAGACCAACUACGACCACUGGAAGGAGCCUUUCUUCCUGGAUGACCGCAGGACGCCGGCCAUGAAGUGCAUGAACAAGACGACACAAGCCAACAUCUCAGAGAAGACCCUGUAUGACGUGCUCUCCACCAAGCCAGUGUUAAACAAGUUGACGACCUACACGACGCUGAUGCGAGUGUCUGAAGGCAAACUGGAGUCGUACCUCCGGGACUGUCCGAACCCGUGCAUGCCCUGGUGAUCCUCGGUGUCUCCGGGCUCCUGUGGGUUAUCUGCACAGCAGGCGGCUCGACUGAUUCAGCACCAAACAAACGCUUUAACUGAUUGCACAGCCACUGUUGACCUGAACCGUUCAUCCAAACACUGAAGUGCUCUGGACAUUUGGACGUUGCUGAUUAGGGAGACGCGUUAAGUUUGCAGGUUUGUUAUAUGGGAAACUAAAUCUAUGAACCUGUUUUUCUUUUCUUUACAUUUCUUUGUAUUUCUGUAAGAAUCCAGCCGCACUGAGAAAAUGUUUGUUUUACCAACUUAUUACUGACAAAUGCACCUCAAUGACGACCUCUUUGUAUGUUUUUAAAUGUUUAACAAAUGAAUUGCCAGACUUUAUGCUCUGUUUUGUAACAGAUGUUUUGUAAUGUUUGGAAUAAGAUCUAAUCUACCAAA